AUGAGCGUGUUUGACCAAGUACUGUACUACGCGAACGGUCUCAAGCCGCGCACGCGUAGCUACGUCAAGCUCGAGAACCCAGAGACCCUGAGCGACGCAAUGGACCUUGCUGUCAAGUACGAGGUGACACACUUCGUCGACGAUUCGCGCGAACGUUACACUCGUCAAGACAAGCGGAAGUCGUCCACUGAUCAAGCGCCGAGUCACGACAAGUCGUUCAAGGGAAAAGCGUUUCGUGUUCAAGGGUGUUUCAAGCCGAAGACUAACCCGAAACGAGCCGAAGGUCGUACCUGUUUCCACUGCAAGAAACCUGGCCACAUCAAGGCCAACUGCUUCCUUUGGAAGAAGGAGCAAGAAAAGCAGGGAAACGGGCAACCACGUCAGUGA